ACAGCCGAGAAUAUGCUCUAUCCGGAGGUUUGUGUCUGCACAAACCCGCACUGCAAUCACCAUGGUCAGCUGCUUCGCAUGUGGGAUCUGCCUACUCGUGUACAAGUGUUCACCCUCACAAAGGGCGCAUAUGACACUUACAGCGUCCAAUUAACUUGCAAAGGAUGCCACUUGAUAUACUAUCCAAACUAUGUGGUCAUCGGGAGUGUUUGUCAAUACUACAUUGGCAUUCCUGACUUCAUACAAGUAUCAGGCCAUAAGUACAUUGCCCGCGACAUGCUCGAACACUUUACGACCCUCUCUGUGCUGUCCUGGAACUUGUCUACCAACACCGCCCACAUCUACCAUGAAUCCAUGUCCCGGCUGAACGAAGACUCACAGAAGGAACCCCGUUUCCAUCUCCGUCCGUGUCACACCUCUGACGGCUUCUAUAUCCUUGCACUUCUGCACAACGCUUAG